UCGGCUUUAGAAAUUGAAAUAACGGGAGUGCAGAAGGGGAGAUUUUUUUCCAGUUAUAAUGUUUGAUCAGUCAGAAAACGUCGAUCAUAAUAUUAAAUAUAAGUAAAAAUCCUUAUGAAUAAUGUCUUACUUUACGUUUCAUCCCAGAACGGGAAGUAUGGUAUUGUUAAGCAACGAAAAUCGCACUGCACUCAGACAUCAUCCGUAUCAAGAGUUCAAUAAUGGUUUAGUUAUGAGUAAUGAACCUUUAAAAGAUAAUCAACUGUUUGAAGUUCGCAUUGAUAGAAAGGUUCCAACUUGGAGUGGUUCUAUAGAAAUAGGUGUUACGUCUCUUGAUCCAAAUGCUUUGGAUUUCCCAUCCAGUGCAACAAACUUGAGAGAGAGUUCAUGGGUGAUGUCAGGAACAUCUGUUCUUCAGGAUGGAAGAUCUCUAGUUGAAGAAUAUGGUGAAGAUUUAGAUAAAUUGGGAGAGGGUGAUCGUGUUGGCGUGAUGAGAACAAGUAAUGGGGAACUUCAUUUUUUUGUAAACGGAAUCGAUCAAGGGAUAGCAGCUGGAAAUAUUAAUCCAAGAGUGUAUGCUGUAGUUGACAUGUAUGGAAAAUGUGCCCAGGUGUCAGUGUUGAGUAGUCGAGAAGCACAUAUUUUAGCCAAUGAAAGAAGCAAUGAAAAUAUAGCAGCUGCAUAUGCUCAAGGAAAUUUGAAUUCAGAUAAACUUAAAUUUCAUGAACGUUGUGGUUCUAUGAUUAAAUUGUCAAAUAGUAAUCGAACAGCAGAAAGAAAGAGGCCAGUUGACGAAUUUAAUAAUGGAGUAGUGAUGACACACAGACCUUUAAUAGAUAAUGAAUUAUUUGAGAUUCAAAUUGAUGAGUUAGUUAAUAAAUGGUCUGGAUCAAUUGAAAUGGGAAUUACUACACACAACCCUGAUAAUCUAGAUUUUCCAGCUACUAUGACCAAUAUGAGAUCUGUAUUCAACCAUUCUUCAGGUACUAUCAUGAUGAGUGGUUGUGGGAUUUUAAUUAAUGGAAAAGGAAGCAGAAGGGAAUAUGGUGAAUUUAAUUUGGAUGAGUUACAUGAAGGAGAUAGGAUAGGUUUAAUUCGUAAAUCAAAUGGAAAUCUUCAUUAUUAUAUCAAUGGAUUAGAUCAAGGUAUAGCUGCUGAUAAUGUACCAGCUGUUGUUCAUGGAGUUGUUGAUCUGUAUGGCAUGACUGUGAAAGUUACAAUUGUUGAUUCUGAUGCAUCAUCUCCAGAUCAAUCAAAUGAUUCUGUGUCAGUUGUUGAAACUUUGAAUGAAUGUGCAACAGAUGGUUUGACUGCAGAUCCAAAUAAAUUAACUUUUCAUACAAAAUGUGGUGAACAUGCAGCAGUAAUCAAUAAUGGUAGAACAGCACAUCGACCUAAUGCUCUUGAAGAUUUUAACAAUGCAGUCAUUCUCACAUCAAGACCUUUAAAAAAGGGAGAGAUGUUUGAAGUAGUUAUUGAAAAAUUAGUAGUGAAAUGGGCAGGUUCUAUUGAAAUUGGUGUAACAACUCAUUCCCCGAAUGAAUUAGAGUUUCCUUCUACUAUGACAAAUAUUCGUUCAGGAACAUGGAUGAUGACUGGAAAUGGUAUCAUGUACAAUGGUACAAAUAUCAUUGAUGAUUAUGGCCAUAAUUUGGAUCGAUUAAAGGUAGGAGAUCGUGUUGGAGUUUUGAGAACAGCCACAGGAACUCUACAUUUUUUUGUUGAUGGGAUCGAUCAGGGUCCAGCAGCCACCAACAUACCUGAAAAAGUUUAUGGAGUUAUAGAUUUAUAUGGACAAGCAGCUCAAGCUUCUAUUGUUUAUCAUUCAGAGUCAAAUAGUUCUUCCACUACUCCACCAAUGUCUUGUGAAGGUUCAACAAGUGUGACAAUGGGAAGUGAUUUAAAGUUUCAUCAUCUGCAUGGACGUAAUGCUAGAAUAUUAAACAAUGGUCUUACUGCGAAAAGGCCAAAUGCACAAGGUGAAUUUAAUGAUGCAAUAGUUGUUAGUAACAGGCCUUUGCGAGAAGGAGAAAUGUUUGAAGUUAUUGUCGAGGAAAUUGUCGAUAGGUGGUCUGGAUCUAUUGAAGCAGGUGUGACAACAAUACCUCCUGAAGAAUUAGAUUUUCCAAGCACAAUGACUGAUAUAGAUCAUGACACUUGGAUGCUCAGCGGAUGUGUCGUCAUGCAAGAUGGAAUGACAAUACAGCACAGUUACAAAUGUGAUCUGGACCAGCUGACGGCAGGAACCACAAUGGGUAUGAUGCGUCAUUCGGACGGUACCUUACAUUAUUAUAUAAAUGGUGAGGAUCAGGGCACGGCCUGUAGUAAUAUACCACCAGAUGUGUAUGCGGUGAUUGACUUAUAUGGCCAGUGUGCCCAAGUAUCACUAAACCACUGUUUACCCAGCAGUCCAUUCCUGCCAGCCAGCCCUCAGGUUUCUGAUCCUGUUGCUCUGGGCAAUGAAUCAAGUCAACAUUUUAAUAAUUAUUGUGGUAAAAACAUAACUCUACGCAAUAAUAAUACUAUUGCCUGCAGAAUAAGAGGAUAUAACAAUGGUCUUGUGUUUAGUUCUUCUUUUCUUGAGGUGGAUGAAUUAUUUGAAAUGCAGAUAGAUCAGUUAAAUAAUCAAUGGGCUGGAUCAAUUCUGAUUGGUUUAACUACAUUUUCACCUGCAAAUUGUAACAAUCAGCUUUCUCUUCCUUCAACAGUUAGCGAACUUCAGUCAUGUGAUACUUGGUUUUAUGUUGGCACUCAGAUUAAAAGAAAUGGAGUACUUAUUAAAGAUAAUUAUGGGCCAUCUCUUGAAAGACUUGUGAUAGGUGAUCGUAUUGGCAUCAGAUAUGGAUCAGAUAAUAACAUGCACAUCCAUUUAAAUAGUGAAGAUUUAGGCGUGGCAGCUACAAAUCUUCCGAAGAAAUUAUAUGCCAUUUUGGAUUUAUAUGGAACAAUCGAAAUAGUCAAACUCUGCAAUACGCCUGUGACGAAUAUUUUAGAGUCUCAGCUUCCACCAAUGCCAAUAAUAACAGAAAAUGAAGCAUUAGAAAUAGAAGAACCUCAUUCAAUCAGUAAAGAGCAUGUAAAGCAGGAAUUUCAUGAAAACAGAGGCAAAAACAUUCAACUUUUACAUGGAAAUUUAACAGCCAAACGAAUUGCAAGUUACAAUCAAGGAAUUGUAGUGUCUAGUAAGCCAUUACCAAGAGAUCAACUUUUUCAGGUAAGAAUAGAUAAACUGCAUACAAAAUGGACUUCUUCCCUCCAAAUUGGCAUCAUUGCAGUCUCUCCAGAAAAACUUCAUUUUCCUGUGUCUGCAUUCUCUUUAAGGAAAUCCUCAUGGAUAAUAUGUGGAGAUUCUGUGUUUCAGAACAGUAUCAAAGUGAAGGGACGUUAUGGACCCAAUUUGGACAGUCUUCAGACUGGACACGUCAUUGGCAUAAUGAUAGACACUGAAAAUAGACUACACUUAUUUGUAAAUAAUAUAGAUCAAGGAAUUGCUGCCAGAAAUAUUCCCGCCAUCUGUUAUGCCCUUGUAGAUGUUUAUGGACAGUGUGAACAGGUUUCUAUUAUUGAAGAAGAAGAGAAUGAAAGUGAUACUCUGGAAAGAAAUCAUAGGGAGAAAAAUGAUAUUGAUUGUGGUUCAUUAAAUGAAUUAAGAGACAAACAAUUGGAACUGCCUUUAUAUCUUUCAGGAAUUAAGGAAAAGAUUAACAAGAGUGAUCGAGUAAAGAAUUGUGAAUAUCAUAAUGCGUGUUCUAGAUUUAAAUCAGUAUUGGGUCUUCCAGAGGGGUUUUUUCUGAGCGACCAGAGCACGUGUUAUUGUGAAACAUGUCAUAAAAUUCGUGGCGAUGAAUUAUAUUUUAAGAGAGGAGAACCUCCCAAAGAAUAUGCUUUGCCUUUUGGUUGGUGUCGAUUUGCUCUAAAAUUAAAUCCUAAAAUUGAAAGUAAUAAUAUGAGAGAAAAAUGGCACGUGGCCUUCCAUGGUACGAAAGUUGGUGCCGUUCGUCAAAUUUUAGAUCAUGGACAGUUAAUUUCACCAGGAGAAAUGGGAUUGGGUCCUUUUGCAAAGGAAAUGGUUCGGAGAGUGAAGGGAAAAGAUUUAGACUUGCACCAAGUGUUUUUAUCGCCCACACUGCAGUAUGCAGGAAAUAAUUUAUUUUCACCUCAGUAUGAAUUUAUAGAGCCAAAAACUAGAAAAGUUGUCUAUGCCAAGGCGGCAUUUCAAGUGUACGUUCGUCCAGGUUCAUAUACGGUUGGACCACAGAGACUGGGUGCGAGAGAACCGAUAGACACUCACUUCAGCAAUGGAGAUCUCGAAUGGCGUACCAAAGAAUGCGGUGCUACAAUUUUGCAUUCCCUCCUAAUAAGGCUAGAAGGAUUUGGAAGCUAAGUUCGACGAAUCACUUUUCUCCAGCACGACAUCGGUUAUUAAAAUAUUAGCUUUAGCAUUAAAUUUUAUUUUCUUGGAUCAAAGCUAUUUUAUAUCGGAUAUAUAUAUAUAUAGUACAAAUGUGAACAUUUGGUAUCUACAGUACAUAUAUCAUGCUCUGGAUGUGACAUUAUUUUGUAAUAAAUCAUACAUUGUAUGAUUUGCUGCAUCAUUCAAAACAAAAUUGAAAGUUAUUAUUAUCUGAUAUUAUCUACUUCUGUAGAUACAUUUACUGUAUAGACAUUAUAUUUGUACAUAUCUGUAAAAAAUAUUUUGUUUAGUGAAAAUAGGAUAUUUAAUUUUUCUUGUGUUUACAUUUCAGAUAUUUAUUUGCGACAGAUAUUUCUUUUAUAAUGUGGUGUGCAUAGAGAUACCGUCAAUCCCAUUCGAACGUCACAAUUUAAAGAAAAAUCUCUUCAGGCAAUAUUAAAACAUGGGUCUACUAAUUUGACUUUAGUGCUAUUAGUAGCCAAGAAUGACAAAAUUUUAUCUUGAAAAUGACACUAAAAAAUGCAGUUUACUACUUUUUCACCAUUACAUAAUGCCCAUUAUAUUUUUAUUAUAUGGUAACAGUAGCUUUAAAAAAAAAGUUACCAGAACACAAAAAUUUAUUCAUUUGCCUUUAUUAAAAUAAUUGCCUAAA